CUGAAAAACUAAAAAUAUCAAGCAAAAAUUGAGUGGUCACUAUUUACAGCUUAAAAAUAGGUGGCCCACUUGGUGGGCGGUGGCUACUGAGAGGAAGCUCCGCCGCCCACAGAUCCCCCCCAAAAAAGCCCAAAUCCAAACCGCGUAAAUUUGCCCAAAAAAAACCACCACCAUAGAAAUUAUAUAGCAAAGAACUUGAAAACACACACACCAGUGUUAGUAGAUUCAAGGCGCGAGAAUCGGAUUCGAGAGGAAAAGGGGGAGGAAAGAAAAAAAAAUUAUUUUUGCAAGGAUGCAGAGGCGUCAAGAUCAACGGUCGAGAUCUGUUAAACCCAUUACGGUUCAUGGGUUAGCUCAGUCUGGGGAUCUUGUUGGUCUUCAAAAGUUGCUUAAUGAUAAGCCUUUUCUUCUCAAUGAGAGAAACCCUGUUAUGGCACAAACACCACUUCAUGUAUCCUCUGGAAAUGACAGGGCUGAGAUAGUUAAUUUUUUGCUCGAUUGGCAAGGAUCAGAAAAAGCUGAGUUGGAAGCUAAAAAUAUGUAUGGUGAGACUCCGUUGCAUAUGGCAGCCAAGAAUGGAUGUAGCGAAGCUGCACGGUUGCUCCUUGCUCAUGGUGCUUUCAUUGAAGCCAAAGCUAAUAACGGAAUGACACCGUUACAUUUAGCUGUUUGGCACUCGAUUCGAUCAGACAACCAUGCAACUGUCAAGACACUACUCGAGUACAAUGCCGAUUGUAGUGCUGAGGAUGAUGAAGGUAUGACACCUAUAAAACAUAUCUCGAAAGGCCCUGGAAGUGAGAAGCUACAGGAAUUAUUACAUAGGCAUCUUGAAGAGCAGCGAAAGAGAAGGGCAUUGGAAGCAUGCGGUGAAGCAAAGGCUAAGAUGGAUGAGCUCGAGAAAGAGCUGUCAAAUAUCGUGGGCUUGCAUGAUCUCAAAGUUCAACUUCGGAAAUGGGCAAAGGGGAUGCUUCUCGAUGAAAGGCGUAGAUCUCUAGGGUUGAAAGUUGGCGCUAGAAGACCUCCUCAUAUGGCAUUCCUUGGUAAUCCCGGAACAGGUAAGACUAUGGUAGCUCGUGUUCUCGGGAAAUUGCUUCAUAUGGUCGGAAUUCUACCUACUGACAAGGUAACAGAAGUACAAAGGACAGAUUUGGUUGGUGAAUUCGUUGGACACACAGGACCAAAGACAAGGAGAAAGAUCCAAGAAGCCGAAGGUGGAAUUCUUUUUGUUGAUGAAGCAUAUAGGUUAAUCCCAAUGCAAAAGUCUGACGAUAAAGACUAUGGAUUAGAGGCUUUAGAAGAAAUCAUGUCUGUAAUGGACAGCGGUAAAAUCGUAGUCAUAUUUGCUGGAUACAGUGAACCAAUGAAGCGUGUAAUCAGUUCUAACGAAGGAUUCUCCCGAAGGGUAACGAAAUUUUUCCAGUUCAGCGAUUUCAAUCCCGAAGAACUAGCUGAGAUCCUCCAUAUCAAAAUGAACAAUCAAACCGAGCAAAGUUUGUUGUACGGAUUUAAGUUACAUAGUUCUUGCAGUUUAGAUGCAAUAGCAAGACUAAUAGAGAAAGAAACAACGGAAAAACAGCGUAAAGAGAUGAAUGGAGGUUUAGUCGAUCCGUUACUAGUUAACGCUAGGGAAUGCCUUGAUCUUCGACUCAGUUUUGACUGUAUAGACGCUGAUGAACUGCGGACCAUAACCCUUGAAGAUCUCGAAGCUGGUAUUCGGCUUUUCUCGUGAUAUUAUUGAACCAUAAAACUAGAAGGUUUCCUUAAACUCAGAAGCUGGUUUCAGGUAUAUAUAUAUGUGUGUGUGAUGGAGAUUAUGGUUGAAAGAAUUUUGAUUUCAUUUUGGCUUGUUUUUGUUAAUUAAAUUCAUUCCUUUUUGUGCUAAACAAUUGAUUUGAACUCAUACAUAUAUUUAUUCUUUCCCUUAAAAA